CCAUAUGACGAUGGCCAACUGUUUCACCACAGCUUCAAGUUUGGCCGCCAAAUACCGUUAUCGAGCCUAGUGUCCGGGCAUUAUACGUCUCCCGACCAUAGCCAGCAACAUCUCGUUGCGGUCUCGGCUCUCUUCAGAACAUCUAUCCACCCGUCCAGCCAAAUAUCAAACCCCUGACACAGGAUUUGGGGCGGCAUGUUCGGGUGUGCAUCUGGCGGUACACAUGUACAUUAUCCAAAGGAACACACUGGCCCCCCUGGCCCCCUUGUCUCAGACCCUGCUGGCGGGUCAAGAACGGGAUAUAGUUCCACACGUGGUCGAGAUAUUCGCUGAGAGCUCGACGACAAAACUUCCGCCAAAAUGCAUCCCAGCCUUGCACAGAACACGCAUAUGUGAGAAUUCUAUCAAGGCACACCGGCUCUGCGCCAUACAUAGGAUCGUCGCAGGUCUUGGCCGACGGCCCCGGGGAAUCACCCUCGGCAUCCGGGCCCUUCGAUUCACAAACGUCUGGGAAACGCCGUUGUCUCCUUGGUUGCCGAUACCGACAAUUUGCUCUCAAGUUUGUUUUCUCUCUUCGCGCCUAUCAAAACAAGCUUUCGCCAAGACCAUGGCGGCGGGACAAGAAUCGAAAAGGCAAGAACGACAAGAACGACAAGAACGACAAGAACGACAAGCAUGCCGAGCUUACAAAUCGGCUUGGUCAAACUCUGAAGUCAGGAAGAGCAUUCCAGAGUCCCGCAGCAAACCGGCUUCUGUCUGGGCAGAUCAAUACUGCGACUCAUUGUUUCUACAGUCGGAGCUAGCUGACUUGUGUUGUGUCUCGGACGACAUGUGGGAUAUUUACACAAGACCUAAGUUAACCAACUGCAGUACGGAUCCUACGCAGAUAGUCUGGCCGUUUCCGGGCUCUUGCUUGCUGUCUCACUUUUCCAACGUCACCUUGAAGACUCGGUGCUGGCUCAAUCUGUGGAGGAUUCGACCCGAGUCUCCAGUUCCUUGUUUUUGGUUUUUUUUUCUCUUUCAGCUCAAGGAGAAAGGUUGGACUUUUUGAGAAAUUUAAGACAUGCACAAUUCCGGAACCUGCAACAUCUGGAACUGAAAAGGAGGACAUGGCAUGGGCAGACGAUAGGCGCGGCCGUUUAGCAUUCAGAUAGACAGGUUCCUUCUUUCUGCAUCGAGGGUGCAUCUCCUACGUAGUCAGG